AUGGCAUUUAUUGGACAGCCUGUGAAGAGUAAACAUCCAAAAGAAUCUGGGAAAAACAAAAUUAAGCCCGUUAACAAAAAAGUAAACCCCCAAAUUCUCAAAAUAAAGGAGAGAGAACCUGCUGACUCCUCUCUGAAGUCCCAGUCCAUACUGACACAGGUGAUGGAUAAAGGUCCUUUCCAGAAACUAGCUGCCACUUUAAGCCUGUCUGCAGGGCAAAGCAUAGAACAAUGUAAGGGGAGUAAUGUUACUUGGAACUAUCCUUCAUAUUUAGACACCUUUAUGGACUCCAGACUCAGUGUAAAGCAGCUUGACAGGUAUGGUCAGCUGAUCCUUGCAAACUCCACUGCAGCAGACACAGGUGGAUACAGCUGCUGGACUCACCUUUGUGGUGGUAACAAGUGCAAAAACGAUGAGACUAAAACAGGUUCAACAUACCUCUUUUUUCACAACAAAGAGGAACUUUUUGUACCUGCUCCCAGCUAUUUUGAGAUUGUCUACCUGAACUCAGAUAAACCUGCAGUCAUCCCAUGCAGUGUUACUACCCCCUCAGCAAAAGUAACUCUACACAGGGAAUUUCCAGCAGAAGAAGUUGAAACUGAUGGAACUGAUAUUACUUAUGAUGCAAAGAAGGGUUUUGUCUAUCAGCACCCUACUUCUGAUCAUAAAGCAGAGUCACAGGGAGCACCUCAGAUUUCCAUCAAAUAUCACCUACUCUAUGUGGAAGUUCCCAAGGGCCCACCCUCAGCCACAAUUGUGGCAUCUUCCAAAAGAGCUGAACUCAGUGACAGUGUUCGUGUAAUCUGCACAGUCCUUGGGGAGCCUGAUGCAGAUGUGAACUUCAGGUGGCAGUACCCAGGGCAAAAGUCUGAGAGGCCUGUGAUUAUCCAAAACUUCUGGAGAUUGAUAAACAGAGGAACUGGACAUACUACAAGAAUCUCAAAGAGUUCUUUUGUUGAAAAAUCCUCUGUUGAGGAUUUUGAAGCCAGAGAUGCUGGAAACUACAUUUGUAUAGCUCAGAACCUACAAGGAGAAACAACAGUAGCUACUGCAGUUGAACUAAAUUUCUAG